AUGGCGCAUCUUUUCCGGACUACAGCGCUAGGCACGCUGGCCCGUCUCAUAACGGGAGGCAGAGCUCUGGCAUUUCCCAGUGCAAAGCAAGGCUUCUCUCCGAGCGAGAAUGGUACAUCCUCCGAAAGCAAAGAGGGAGAUGAGCGAGAAUUUGUGUCUGUCGAAUGGGACUCGGAAGUCGACCCGGAGAAUCCCCAGAAUUGCAUCUACACCUUUACCGUAUACUGCGGAUCGUCGAUCUACGUUCCGAGCACAGAGCAGGUAAUUGAAGAGUUCGGCGUGUCCGAGGCCGUUGCCUCUCUGGGUCUGGCCCUCUAUGUCCUUGGAUAUGGCAUCGGACCACUACUGUUCUCUCCAUUGAGCGAGAUUCCAUCGAUCGGCCGCAAUCCCAUAUACAUCAGCACUUUUGCCGUCUUCAUUGUCCUCUCGGUCGGGGCGGCUGUAUGUGAGAACUUCGCCGGGUUCCUUGUGCUGCGCUUCCUUCAGGGCUUCUUCGGCAGUCCGUGCUUGGCGACGGGCGCAGCUUCACUGAGCGACAUGUUCUCCGUCAUAUACAUACCAUACAACCUUGCAGCAUGGUCGGGCGCAAUGUACUGCGGCCCCGCGCUCGGCCCGCUCAUCUCUGGCUUUGCCGUACCCGUCAAAGGUUGGCGCUGGUCCAUGUGGGAGAUUGUCUGGCUGGCGGGCCUGAUUCUCGUUCUGCUCGUCGUUUUCCUUCCAGAGACGUCCACGCCUACACUCCUCUUCUACAAAGCGAAACGCCUCCGCCAAGAGACGGGCUCCGAGCGCUUCGUGACCGUCCAUGCUCUGCGCUCAAAGAGCAUCACUCGCGGCGAAUUGGUGCGGCUUGCAUUGAUCAAGCCAUUUGAGAUCACCAUCAAGGAUCCUGCUAUCGCUUUCACGAACAUCUAUACUUCCCUCACCUACGGCAUCUACUACUCUUUCUUUGAAGUUUUCCCGCUCGUGUAUCCAAAGAUGUACGGCUUCAAUGUCGGGCAAACAGGCGCCGUCUUCGUUUGCGUCCUCAUCGCGUGCAUUAUCGGCGCGAUGUGGUAUUGCACCUGGUACCGGGUUUUCACGCAGCGCCGCUUCCAGCGCCUCGGCACAUUCGACGUCCAAGAGACGUUCCUACGACCGGGUCUUGCGGGCGUGCUGGGCGUGCCGGUGGGCAUGUUCCUCUUCGGGUGGGCGGCCCGCGAGUCGGUCCCAUGGCCUGUGCCUACGCUCGGCGUGGUCGUGUUCUGCGGAUGCUCCUUUGUCGUCGGACUGGGCAUCUUCAUACAUCUCCCAUUGAGCUAUCCCGAGUACGCAGCCAGUUUGUUCGCGGCCAACGAUGCACUGAGAAGCUCCUUCGCUGCUGGGGCGAUCCUUUUCGGGAGACCGCUGUACGUCAAUCUGGGAGUGGGAAAGGGAUGCAGCUUGUUGGGCGGUUUGAGCGUCCCUCUGGUGCUGGGAUUCUGGUAUCUUUACAGAAACGGGGCGACGCUGCGCAAGAAGAGCAAGUUUACCGUCCAUGAGUAA